UAAAUCAUAUUAACAUGUGUUUCAAUCACGAUUCUUACUAUCUUGUGUUGUUUCUACAGGGAAAAUUUUUCUCGUGCUCUGACGGUUCGAAGAUGCAAGAAGCUGAUUGCCAUGGGACAUAUCUCGUUUACGAGGAUGGAAAUGUUGACAAGCCUGUUUCUAAAGAACGAGAAUGGACCAGAAACCGUUUCCACUUUGAUGAUGUUUCGAAAGCAAUGCUCACUCUAUUCACAGUGUCAACGUUUGAGGGGUGGCCAGGUCUUCUAUAUGUCUCGAUUGACUCUCAUGAGGAAGAUUCCGGCCCCAUACAUAAUUUUAGGCCUAUUGUUGCAGCAUAUUAUAUUAUCUACAUCAUUAUUAUCGCUUUUUUUAUGGUUAACAUAUUCGUUGGUUUCGUUAUUGUAACAUUCCAAAAUGAAGGCGAGCAGGAAUAUAAAAAUUGCGAUUUGGAUAAAAAUCAACGAAACUGCAUAGAAUUUGCCCUUAAAGCCAAACCCAUUCGUCGGUAUAUUCCGAAGCAUAGAAUACAAUAUAAAGUAUGGUGGUUCGUGACAUCGCAGCCAUUUGAAUAUAUGAUAUUCAUGUUAAUCAUGAUCAACACAAUUACGCUAUCAAUGAAAUUCUACCGCCAACCAGAAAUGUAUACUGAUGUACUUGAUUCCUUAAAUUUGAUAUUUACUGCAGUUUUCGCUUUAGAAUUUGUUUUCAAACUGGCUGCGUUCAGAUUCAAGGUAAAUAUUCUAGACUGCUAUAGUUCAAUUGGAAAGUUGACAAAAUCGCAUGUGCACUACGCAGAGAACAGUCUUUCAUAUUGAAACAAAUAAGACUAC